GCUUUGCGUAUAAUCCAUAUCCACCAAUUUUAACUGGAUCCUGAAAACGCAGCGUUCUACUGCCUCUCCCUGCCCUUUGGGUGCAAAACGACAUCGUUGUGGUUACUGUGGAGUGUGGGUGGCAGCGGAUAAGAUAAAAGCAUCAAAUUUCUUGUUUUCAGCUGGAGAAGUAAUUUGCUUUCCAUACUCCGGUAUUGCGAGGAAUGGAUACUUUGUCGUGUUUGGUGUUGAAACCACCAGCUCCUACGAGGUUAUUUGGUUCGAGGCUUUCUCAAAUCGCAGCUUUUGGCUCUGCAACGUUUCUUUCUAGCUUAACGUUUCCUUCUUCAAUGGACUAUCAACUUCCAAGAACUACUGCAAAACGCUCUUUCAAACCCAUCAAAGCGUCGUCUUCAGCAGUUCCCACAACCCCAUCAACAACUGCGACGGUUAUAAACACAACCACCACUGUCUCUCCCAAAAAGGUUUUGGUUCCAAUUGGAUUUGGUAUAGAGGAAAUGGAAGCUGUUAUAUUGGUUGAUGUUCUGCGCCGUGCUGGUGCAGAGGUGACCAUGGCCUCAGUGGAACCGCAGCUUGAGAUUCAAGCAUCCGGUGGCACUAGAUUGGUUGCUGAUACAACCAUCUCCACCUGUACUAAUCAAGUUUUUGAUCUCGUGGCAUUGCCAGGAGGAAUGCCUGGUUCUGCACGAUUAAGAGAUUGUGAAAUUCUCAAGAAAAUUACAAGUAAACAAGCUGAGGAAAAGAGGCUGUAUGGAGGUAUAUCUACUGCUCCAGCAGUCACAUUUCUCCCUUGGGGUCUCUUGAGGAGGAAGCGGAUAACUUGCCACCCUGCAUUCUUUGACAAGCUUCCAACCUUCUGGGCUGUCAAAUCAAAUAUUCAAGUUUCGGGAGAGCUUACAACAAGCCAGGGCCCUGGAACUUGUUUUCUGUUUGCUCUGUCCUUAGUUGAUCAGCUUUUUGGGGAGUCUGUGGCCAAGGCGAUUGCAGAAGUGUUGUUCAUGCAUUCUGCUGAUGAUAAACCGAGAAAGGAAGAGUUCAACAAAGUUGACUGGGCUGUUGACCACGCUCCUCAUGUUCUAGUUCCAGUUGCAAAUGGUUCAGAGGAGAUUGAAGUAGUUACUAUCAUAGACAUUUUACGUCGAGCGAAGGUGGAUGUUGUGGUCGCCUCAGUUGAAAAAUCAGUUAAAGUUACAGCAUCUCUGGGUGUAAAAAUCAUUGCUGACAAGUUAAUUGGUGAUGCUGCAGGGUCAAUAUAUGACUUAAUCAUUCUUCCGGGAGGAGUUGCUGGUGCUGAACGGCUACAAAAAUCUAGGAUUCUCAAGCAGUUACUCAAAGAACAAGAUGCGGCUGGAAGAAUAUGUGGAGCAGUUUGCUCUUCUCCCACAGUCCUGCACAAACAUGGUUUGGUGAAGGAAAAGAAAGUCACUGCUCAUCCCUCUACCAUUAGGGAACUCACCAAUGUAAUAGAUGGUCCCAAAGUGGUUAUUGAUGGUAAACUGAUCACAAGCAGGGGCCUAGCUACUGUUUCAGAUUUUGCACUGGCUAUUGUGAGCAAGUUUUUUGGCCAUGCAAGGGCUAGAGGUGUUGCAGAAGGCCUCGUUUUUGAGUACCCCAGGAGUUAGAAGAUCUAAUUUGAGUCAUUUCAGAUGAAUGGCAAUUUUUCCAGAUGCCAUUAAGAUAUUAAGAUGAGGUUAUAAUCCCUCAACUUGGUCGGCUAGUGGAAGGAGAAAACCAUCACAAAAACAUGCUCCAUGUGAGUAUGAGUUGAGUAUCCUCCCUUUUUGGUGUAUAUGCCAUGUCUUAAACAGAGGUCACACCUGCCUGUUAGGUGCAAAGCAGCAAAAUGACAAAUGUUGACUUAUCAAUUGUCAUAGCCAUAUUCGGGUGAUGAGCUGCUACUAAAUCUUCAAAUAUCUACCGAUGUGGCAAACCAACCUACAGGUAGUUUGAUAUUUUAAUAGAACCUACUAUCAGUAAAAGGCCUGAUAUGCUAACGAGUUCUGAUACUUCAAAAUUCAAUUUUUUCUCUCGAUAUAGAUCAUAUGUGUUGCCUUAGGUGAACUGGAAAUUGCAAUUGCAACGGCCUUUUCCGGGAAUCCGAAUAAUGUAAUAUUUUGGGUGGGGGGAUGAGGGGAAUGAAGGCUGCAGAUUCCCUACUGUUAUAAUAUUGUUUGACUCUCAUCAACAAGAUGAAAAACGUUAGUUAAGGGUCUAAUCUGACUAUGAUGUACCAGUUUUAGGCCAAUUUAUGUCUUUCAGGAGCAUUUAGAUUUUUGUAAGCAUUGUCAUUUUUGGAUAUUUGGAUUCUAUCUCACCAAACAUCAUGUUUCUCUGCAGUCAUUUUCUUCCAAAGGUUCCUGUAGUCUCCUAGGUAAAGAAUUAUUAAGGUAGUAUAUGCUUUGGGGGGCCGAAUCAAAUUGGAAAGUGGAUGAGACAUCCACGUAGGUGGGAUAAAGGAUUCCGAUGGAUGAGGCUGGGAUUAUCGCCAUCUGGCUACGGGAUUAGAAGAUGUCUCAUAACACGACAAAAAUAUAAUGGCCUUUUCUGUUGACUUUUCGAAAUACAAACGUGCACGACUUUUGUUCUUUGUUUAGGUUGUUCAAGAAACCAUAAACCCAAAAAUAUCAAAUCAUGGUUCCAACGCCAUCCCCAAAAAAAAUAAAAAAUAAAAAUAAAAUCAAUGGAGCAAUUGGUUUCUAAGCACCAGGAGUCACUAGCUAAAAAACAAUGCUAA